GAAUAUCUAUUUUAUUACCUGUGUGAAUCUUCGAUAGCGAACAUCUUCCUGAUGCGGUUUUAUUGGCCAUUAUACCAUAAUGUGGUAAUUUUGUUGAUUCUGUCUCGACUGUUGUGUCUUGUUAUUCAGACCAUCAAUCAAAGUGAAGCUGCCCGUAGCAACAUAUUUAGGCAGAAGGAAUUUAACCUUCUGUCCCUAGGCAUCGGCGGCUUGAGUGCAGAGUUUGCAGAUAUAUUUCGAAGGGCUUUCGCUUCUCGGGUUUUCCCUCCUCAUAUGACUAGCAAGCUUGGUAUCAAACACGUGAAAGGUAUGCUGCUUUAUGGGCCUCCCGGUACUGGCAAAACCUUAAUAGCUCGUCAAAUAGGGAAGAUGUUGAACGGCAAAGAACCAAAGAUAGUCAAUGGUCCUGAACUGAUGAGCAAAUGGGUUGGCGAAACUGAGAGGGGUGUUCGAGAUUUAUUUGCUGAUGCUGAACGGGAUCAGAAGACUCGCGGCGAUGAGAGUGAUUUGCAUGUCAUCAUUUUUGAUGAAAUUGAUGCUAUAUGCAAGUCAAGAGGAUCAAUAAAAAAUGAUGCUGGAGUUAAUGACAGAAUUGUAAAUCAGCUACUUACAAAGAUUGAUGGUGUAGAGCAACUAAACAAUGUUUUGCUUAUUGGAAUGACCAACAGAAAAGAUCUUCUUGAUGAGGCUCUUUUGAGGCCUGGACGCUUGGAAGUACAAGUUGAGAUAAGCCUCCCCGAUGAGAGUGGUCGCUUGCAAAUCUUUCAGACCCACACGAACAAGAUGAAAGAAAAUUCUUUUCUUGCUCCUGAUGUCAGUCUUGAGGACCUUGCUGCUCGUACAAAGAACUACAGUGGUGCAGAAAUUGAAGGCCUUGUGAAAAGCGCCGUAUCGUAUGCCCUGAAUAGACAAUUAAGUCCCGAUGAUCUUACCAAGCCCGUGGAUGAAGAGAGUAUCAAAGUCACUAUGGAUGAUUUUCUCAGUGCACUCAGAGAUGUUGUUCCUGCAUUGGGAGCCUCCAUUGAUGACUUGGAAAAAUGCAGACGCAAUGGCAUGGUGAACUGUGGUGAUCGACAUCAGGAUAUAUAUGAGAGCGCAAUGCUAAUGGUUGAGCAAGUUAAAGAGAGCAAAGGAAGUGCGCUCGUCACUUGCCUCUUGGAGGGUCCAAGGGGCAGCGGUAAAACUGCUCUGGCAGCUACUGUUGGCAUGGACAGCAAUUUUCCAUACUUUAAAAUUGUCUCAGCAGCAACUAUGAUUGGACUAGAACAUGAGAGAUCCAAAUGUGCACAGGUUGUGAAGGUUUUCGAGGAUGCGUACAAAUCUCCGUUGAGCAUUAUCAUACUUGAUGACCUUGAAAGGCUUCUAGAGUAUGUCGCCAUUGGGCCUCGAUUUUCAAACUCGUUAUUGCAGACCUUGUUACUCCUUUUGAAUCAAGUACCUCCAAAGGGAAGGAAGCUGCUCGUGAUAGGGACGACAAGUCAAGUGAAUUUCUUGGAUUCAAUUGGUGUCCGCGAUGAAUUUUCCAUCACUCACCAUGUUCCCAGAUUGAAGACAGAGGACGCUAAGAAGGUGUUGGAACAGCUAAAUGUUUUCGCUGAAGAUGAUGUUCAAGCUGCUGCCGAGGCUCUAAACAAUAUGCCCAUCAAGAAGCUUUACACGGUCAUAGAGAUGGCAGCCCAGGGCGUGCACGGUGGAGCUGCGAAGGCCAUCUACUCCGGCCGAGAGAAGAUCAAGAUGGCGCAUUUCUACAAUUGCCUUUCAGCACAUUUAAACAAUAUCCAAAUACGGUAAUUUUUA